UGGUGAUUCAAUCGUUGAUAGAAAGUUGGUGCUGGUGGGCGCAAGCUAAACACAGACAGACUAGUAGUGCGAGCAACACGCAAGACAGCGGAACUGUUCAGUUGAAGUGCUGUGACUUUAGAUCGUGCUGGUUCCUAUAUUCUGUGAUUCAUAAAAUCUACGUAGGUAUAGUGAAAUCCGUUAUAUUGCCUUAAUCGUGUUAAAUAUUCGCUAUGAGAUGUUCUAGGUUGACUGAACAGCGAGACGAUGAUUGAAACGAGAGAGCCGAGCAUUUAUAGGGUUCCAUGUGUGUCUUCGCUAACGAAAAGUCGCGGUACCGCACAAGCGUAUCACACGGAACAGCAUCCCACCGGUCAGUCUAAUUGCAGUUUCCAGUCGUGCGAAACGCGUUUUGUUAUGGAUCCCGCCGCGCUUGGUCUAACGGAAGAAGACGUUGAUUCGAUAGUGAAACGAUAUCUACAGGAAAAACGUGACAAGUACAACGCUAAAUUUCGAGUGCUUUCAUACCACGUGAAACGCAUAAGUGAAGAGCCAAUUGGUUACCUCGGAGAUCAUUACUUUCUGAAUGUGGUGUUGAGGGAGAAAAUGGUUCACUAUUCGGAAGAGGAAGAAGAGUAUGCCGAAGAAGAAUACUUGAGCUUCUUUAUGAAGAUUUUACCCGAACAAGUGCCAAAAUUAGCCGAAUACGUACGAGAAAUGGGUUGUUUCAAAAAGGAGAUUCAACUCUACACUCAUCUAAUACCCCGACUGCAGGACGUAACAAUUGGAACCAAGCCAUUCGCUCCUAGAGCCUAUCUUACCAAAAAUGAUUCUUUGCUCGUUUCUGAAAACCUUCAAGCCGAAGGUUACCGCAUGGUGAAAAAUAACAAAAGCCUGCUUGAUUAUGCCCACCUCGAAGUUGCGCUUAAGUCAGUAGCUAAACUGCAUGCAGCUUCCUUGGUUCUAGAGGAACGCACCAAGCAGCCAAUUACGAAGCUAUAUUCCGGUCAUCUGAACGAAAAUGUCUACAUUGAUGACGAUACAUACGUCCGUAAGACAAAUCUAGAAAAUGCAAUCAAGGCUCUGUGCGAGUUGAUAAAACGUAUAGAUAAAUACAAACACUCCGACCGACUAGAUUUUAUCUUAGAAAAAUUUCCACAAGUGAUUAGAAAAAUUUACGACUUUGCUAAACCCUCAACCGUGUACAGGAACGUGUUCAAUCACGGUGAUCUAUGGAAUAACAACCUAAUGUUUAAGUACGAAGAAACAACGAACAAAUCCCGAACAAACAGCGAUGCAGGUUUGCCCGAGGGUGGUGCUGACGGUCAACAACAGCAGUGUGCUUCUGGUGAGCGACGUCGCCGCAAACGGUCUUCCAUCAUUCGGCCGGAUCCGUUCGAUUUUUCUAACAUCUGCCUUCGAGCAGGAAUCGUGCCUUCGGAUUGCAUUAUGAUUGACUUCCAAAUUGCCCGUUACUCCCCGCCGGCAUACGAUGUAAUGUCCCUGUUGAACACCACCACGACCAGCGCGUUCCGAACGGUCUAUCUGGAACGAAUGAUUCAAAUGUAUUACCAGUUUUUGAAACGAGAACUAGAAUGGUUCCAGAUCGACGUAGAGCGAAGUUUUCCUGCUGAACACUUCGAAAAAUCCUGCGAGGAGUACAAAUUGGCUGGUCUGAUUGAUAGUAUUCUGUUUCGACAUUUGACACUGCUUCCGACUGAAUUGGUUUCGAAUUGCAAGGAAUGUCCCAUUCCGAUAUCGUUUGAAAAUUUAAUGGAAAAUUCUAUUUCUGCACUGAGUACGAAGGCAUGGGAUUCCUGUGACAACUAUCGAUUUUUGAUGGCGGAUUUGUUGGCUGACCUAGUCGACACCUACAUCUUGCCAUCUUGAGAGUUUCACAUCCUAGUUUUUAUUUACGCAGGAUUGCCGAUUCCGGUUUCCAGUAUUCUUUUGGAUUUUCAACUAUCACGCUACGCGCCGCCCGCGCUGGAUGUCCUUACGGUCAUUAUGUUGGGUAGCAA